AUGGAAGAAAUAAAAAAUGAUUACACUUUUGUAGAUGAAUCAGAUAAAAAAGAUCAAAAAAUAAAUUUUAAAAACUUUAGAAAAAGAAUUCAAGGUCAAACAUUUAUGAAAGAUGAUUUGGAAUAUGAUAAGAUUUGUAAUGAAAGGUGGGAUCUUAAUUCAACGAAUUCUCCAAUAAUUAUUGUAAAAGCAAUUAAUGAAAAUGAUGUUGAAGAAACUAUUAAAUUUGUUAGAGAUAAUAAAAAAUUAAAAUUAGUUAUUAAGAAUACAGGUCAUAAUAAUAUAUCAGCAAUUGAUGGCUGUGAUGGUGUAUCGUUAGAUAUUAGUUUAAUGAAAUCAAUAUCAGUUGACCAACAAAACCAAACUGUUACAGUUGGUGGUGGUUGCACAUUUCAUGAUAUUGACCAAGUUACAUCUCAAUAUGGUUUGGCAACUCCGUUAGGUCAAAUUUCAUCAGUUGGAGUUGGUGGAUAUAGCACAGGUGGUGGAAUAGGUCAUUUAACAAAAUUAUAUGGUUUAUCAAGUGAUAAUUUAUUAGAAUGUAAAAUUAUUACAUCAAAUGGAGAAUCAAAAGUUUGUAAUAAACAUACAAAUUCAGAUUUAUUUUGGGUAGUUAGAGGUGCAGGUGGAUUUAUAGGUGUUAUAGUUUCAUUUACAUUCAAAUGUUACCUAAUUUCAAAUGUAGUUGUUGGAUCAUUUGUUUAUAAUAUUGAUGAAACAAAUAAUAAUGCAAAGAAUGCAUUGGUUGAAGUUGGUAAAAGACAUUUAAAUUCAACAGAUCCAUUAGUUUAUGUUAUUAAUAUUAAUGCUGGUUCACCUAACAAUGUUUUAAUAAAAGUUUUAUAUUUUUUAGAUAUUAAUACUCCAAAUUCAUCAAUGAUUGGUGAAUCAUUAAUUCAAGAUUUCCAAAAUUUGACAAAACCAACAACAUCUUCAAUUUCAAUUAUUUCAUAUACAAAAUUGCAAUGGGAAUUUGAUGGAAUAAUUUUACCAGGUAAAUAUUAUCAAGAGGGACCAUUAUUAAAAUCAACAAUUACUUCUGAAGUUGCUGAUUUACUUUUACAAGCAAUAUCAAAUCGUAAUCAACAAACAUUUUCCUCAAUUAUCAUUACUGAACUUGGAGGUAUGGCUAACAAAGUUCAUCAAAAUGAAAGUGCAUUCCCAAUUAGAGAUUCAACAUUUAAUAUUUUCAUCUCCUCUAUAAUCUUUACACCAUCCUUAGAACAACCUCUAAAAGAUUGGACAAAAAAUACAAUUCAUCUCUUAAAGGAUCAUAUUUCUGGUGAAUACAUUAAUACAAGUUAUUCAACAGAUAUGAAAUUAAUUUUCAAAGAAAACUUUGAAAGAUUAAAAAAAUUAAAAAAUCAGUAUGAUCCAAAUAAUAUAUUCCGUUCAUUAAAUUAA